AUGGAGUGUUAAGCUGAUAUAAAAAUAUAGAGUGAAUCCAAAGGAAGUUUGUACUUGGUCCAUUUUAUUAAGAAAUACAAAUACCUAGACUUUGUAUUAAACGAAUUAGAAUCAAUUGCUGAGAUUUUUGGUGUCUCCAAAGAAAACCUAUAUCAAUAGUCUAGAGAUUCAAUAAACAUUCAUAAGAAUCCGCUAGUAUUUGGCUAGGGUGAUAGCAUAGAGUCAAUGCUUCAAAACUUGAAGAAAGAUAAGCUUUAUGCAUUGCUAGAACAGAGAAAGCCACUUAAAUUUGAUGUUGAAAUUUUAGGAAAGACAAUAAGUACUAAGGAAAAAGUCGAGAUUAUAGAAAGAUUUGGAUUUUUGCCAUUUGACCCAAAAAUUGAUUUGAAAAAUCCUGAGAUAAUAUUCAAGGUACUUUAAAACACAAAGGACGACUAAUGGUAUUUUGGCUUAUAGAUAGCAUCGAAUAGAGAAGAAAGAGAAACAUUUUUUCAUAAAUAUCAUUUAAGGACUAGACCUUACCUAGGGCCCACUUCGACUGAAACAUAAUUGGCAUUUUUAAUGGCAAACUAAGGUUAAGUUAAGGAAGGUGAUUUUGUAUAUGAUCCUUUUGUUGGUACAGGCAGUAUUGCUCUUGCUUGCUCACAUUUUAAUUGCAUUUAAUAUGGAUCAGAUUUGGAUUACAGAGUUUUACAUGGUAUCGGUGUUGGCAGGAAAAAUGAAAAUGUUAAAAAUGAUUUAUUAGAUUCUAUCAAUCCUUAAUAUGAUAUUUUCACAAAUUUCGAUUACUACCAGCUUAGAAGGCCUGAAAUUUUGGUUAUGGAUAUUGCUAAUUUAGCUCUAAAUCACUAAAAUAGUGGGCCCAUAUUUGAUUCAAUUAUAUGUGAUCCCCCAUAUGGUGUCAGAGCCAAAUCUAAAAAGGUUGGAAUAAGCAAAAGUAAGCAGUAAAAGUACGAGGAUAGAGUGAAUGCCAGAAAGUAACAGCAAUAGGAGAACUAAGAUCUUGAUAUGAUAGCUUAAGAAAAUCAAGAGAUUGAAGAAGUUGAGGCUUAGGAGCACAUUACUAUGAUGGAGUAAUAUGAUGUUUAAAAGCUUUAUUAUGAUCUACUUGAACAUGCCUCUCACCUUUUAAAGAAGGGCGGAAGGAUAGUUUAUCUAUUCCACACUGACACAUCUCUACCAGAAGAGAAAAAUAAAUUCCCAGAGCAUCCUGACUUUGAAUUCAUCUGUUCAAGUGAGAAUAAUCUAACUAAAUGCAGAGCAAGAUAACUUAUUACUAUGAGAAGGAAAUUGUGA